AUGAAUCAAGUCAUAAUUCAUUGGGAUGUGAUAAUUGUUCUUUACAUACUCUUCAAUCGGUGCCAUGGAGGAAUUAUGAAUAUUCGCUGCUCUGGCCACAUCUGGGUAGAACCAGCCACAAUUUUUAAGAUGGGUAUGAAUAUUUCUAUAUUUUGCCGAGCAGCAAUUAAGAAUUGCCAGCCAGAAAGCUUUCAUUUUUACAAUGGCAUCAGAGAAACAUUUCAAAUGACAAGGAUAAAUAAAACAACAGCUCUACUUCAGUACAAUAACUUCCUGAAACCUCACGCCUCAAUAUACUGCACAGCCAGAUGUCCUGGAUAUUUUCGGGAGAUGCUGAUAUGUGGAAAAGACAUAUUUGCUGGAUAUCCACCAGAUGUUCCUACCAAUGUAAUCUGUGUCAUACAUGAAUAUUCAGGCAACGUGACUUGUACCUGGAAGAGUGGGAAGCUCACCUAUCUAGACACAAAUUACACGGUGCAUAUGAAGAGUUUAGAGACCAAGGAAGAGCAUCACUAUCUCACUUCAAGCUAUAUUAACAUCCCCACUGACUCAUUACAAGGGGGCAAGAAGUAUGUGGUUUGGGUCCAAGCUGCAAAUGUGCUAGGCACGGAGGAAUCAGAACAGCUGCAAAUUCACCUGGAUGAUAUAGUGAUACCUUCUGCAACCACCAUUUCCAGGGCAGAAGAUAUAAAUACUACAGUGCCCAAGACCAUAAUUCAAUGGAAGAGUCAAACAACUAUUGAAAAGGUUUCCUGUGAAAUGAGAUACAAGAUUACAACAAAUGAGACUUGGAAAGUUAAAGAAUUUAACACCAAUUUUACAUAUGUGCAACAAUCAGAAUUCUGCCUGGAAGCAAACUCUAAGUACAUGUUUCAAGUGAGAUGUCAAAUAACAGGUAACAAGUACUGGCAACCGUGGAGUUCUCCCUUUUUUCACACAACACCCCAAAUAGGUCCACAGACCACCUCAAAACCAUCUCAACAUGAUACUCAGAAAUCUGGGCUCCCAAUUGCUUCUAUCUUUAGAGAACACCUUAUCACUGAUAACAAGCAACAAGACACUGGACUUUUGUCAGGAAUGGUCUUCUUUGCUAUUAUAUUGUCUGUUUUGUCUUUGAUUGGUAUACUUAACAGAUCUUUCCGAAACAGAAUGAAAAGAACAAUCUUAUCAGUAAUACCAAAUUGGCUUCAUGAAGAUAUUCCCAACCUAGAAAACAGUAACAUCAUGAAAAUGUUACAGGAAAACAGUGAUUUUGUAAAUAAUUCCAGUGAACACAUCCAAUGUGCUGAUCCUAUGGUUACAGAGAUAAGAGAAAUCUUUCUCCCAGAAGAGCAUACACCUACAGACUACAAGCAAGGAAAUAAUUCUGGAUCCCGGAAGAUAAAAGACAGACCACAAGGAUCACUACUUACCAGCACCUCAGUUGUCUAUGUCCCCGAUCUGAGUACUGGAUAUAAGCCCCAGAUUUCAAGCUUUCUUCCUGGAGGAGGCCUUCUUCAUAAUAAUGAUGAAGUAGAUUCUUCAACUCUUGUACCUUCAGCUGGUUCCUUGGAACUGGGAAAGAAUGUCUUAUUAAAGAAAUAUCCAGACUUUGCAUUAUCUGUUUCAAGUAUGAACUCUCGAGACAAUGCAUUGUUUCUUGAAGAAUUAAGCCUCAUAUUAAAUCAAGGAGAAUGCAGCCCUUGUGACAUACAAACCUCAAUAGAAAGAGAAGAUACCAUGCUUUUGGACAAUGGUUCAGCCAAGGAAAUUAUUCCAGAGCAGACUCUCCUGCCUGAUGAAUUUGUCUCCUGUUUAGGGAUCAUGAAUGAAGACUUGCCAUCUAUCGGUCCUUAUUUUCCACAAAAUAUUUUAGAAGAACAUUUCAAUAGAAUUUCACUCCUGGAAAAAUAG